AUGAGCCCGUGAGUACGGAAAAAGCUUAGCGGUAGAAAGCUCCCGAGGACGGAACCUGUGUGCCCCGAGCCCACCUCUCCGAGGGGAAAGCGCGGUCCUACCAAGGGGAAGCCCGUCUUUACCGUUACAUCCACAGGCCAGGCCAGCCGCAUCACAGACAGGAUCAAGCCAAUUACAGAGCUGGCCUACGUGACCAACUUGUUGAGCCUCUUGACCUGACCAGUUUUAAUGUUGCCUCCCCAGCACACCACAGCGAAGAAAAGUGCACUGACUACCACCAACAGUCUAGCGGGCGCUGUGAUGUCCCCAUCCUUCAGCAGACUCAAACACCCACACUGCAGGAAGAAGCACUAUCCGAGUAGCACCUACCUCACCCACGUCUGACAGCCAACCAGCAGGAGCAAGGUACAAAACCAGCCCUUGGACCGCCAGGUAGAGGACUCAGCGGGUGAGAGUUGAAAAGCAAAGAUGUCUGGUGUAGUGGGAGGUGAUGAAAAUGGAGGGGCAGCAGGGCAAGACAUGGAGGCGGAUAAUGAGCCCCCACAACUGAUACCACCGUUACCCAAGGGUGACAGUUCAGAACUGGGGAAAAUCGCUGAGGAAGGGGCCUCUCCCUCUGCCAAGCGACUUAGGUUGAGUGAAGAGAACCAAAGGCUUGAUGUGGAGCUCCACCAUGUGCAUGGAGAAGUGGCACAAGCUGAAGGACUGCAGGAUGAACUUAUUCCACCAGUGCAAGCCCCCCUGCCUGGUCAUGAUGGCUUUCCAGGUGCAGAGGAGGCGGAGGAAGACGUUGGGAGUACAGGAGUUGAAGUAGGAUACCAUCAGAAUGGAGACGGAGGUCAUGAAACUCCUCUGGAAGGAGGAGAGAGGAAGCCAGAGGUAGAGGAAGAGGACAACAGUGGAUCUUCUGACAGUCCCAGUGUAGGACAGCACCUGGGCCUUGACUUUACCCAGAACCCCCGGGUGUUGACUGGUUCCUGGGCGGAAUACUCCAGUCUCCCAGAGAACUACCUCAAAGGCUGCAAAUGGGCUCCUGAUGGCUCUUGUAUACUGACCAACAGUGCAGACAAUGUGUUGCGUGUAUACAACCUUCCUCCGGAGCUCUACAGCUACAACUGGGACUUGCUCACUGAGAUGAGUCCAGUGCUAAGGAUGGCAGAGGGAGAUACCAUCUAUGACUACGGCUGGUACCCCAAGAUGAACUCUCUGGACCCGGACUCCUGCUUUUUUGCCAGCAGUAGCCGCGAUAACCCGGUCCACGUGUGGGACGCGUUCUACGGGGAGGUGCGAGCCAGUUUCCGACCGUACAACCAUCUGGACGAACUGACAGCGGCCCACUCCCUCUGCUUCACCCCAGACGGCUCACAGCUCUACUGUGGCUUCGACAAAAUCGUCAGGGUUUUCUACACGGACCGACCCGGUAGAGACUGUGAGGAGAGACCCACCACAGUGAAGAAACAGGGCCAGAGUGGCAUCAUAUCAUGCUUCGCCUUCAGCCCCUGCCUGUCCGUCUACGCCUGCGGCUCCUACUCCCGCAGCGCGGGGCUCUACAGCUGCCAAGACGGCUCCCUCUUGGCCCUGCUGCCGACCAGACACCGCGGAGGCCUCACCCACCUGCUCUUCUCCCCUGAUGGGAACUACCUCUACACCGGCGGGCGAAAGGAUCCAGAGAUACUUUGCUGGGACCUGAGGGAGCCAGGGAAGGUUGUGUUCUCUCUGCAGAGGAAGGUGGCCACCAACCAGCGCAUUUACUUUGACCUGGACCUCUCAGGAAGGUACCUGUUGAGUGGCGACACAGAGGGGAUGGUGUCAUUAUGGGACACCCAAACUGCUCCCCCUGAUGGCAACGAGGAUUUACUGCAGCCUCAGGCGCAAUUCCAGGCCCACAGGGACUGCACCAAUGGCAUCAGUAUUCAUCCCUUCAUGCCGCUACUGGCCACAUCCAGUGGACAGCGUCAGUUCCUGUCGCCCGGAGACAGCGAGGGGGACUCGGCCUCUGACGGCGAGGGAGACCAAGCCAUGAUGUCACCCAAGGAGAUCAGGCAGGACAAUGCCCUGGCCCUGUGGUGGGCUGGACCAAUCGGCCCCGACGCAGAGGAGAGCCAAGAGGAGCGCACACCACCAGCGGAGGAGGCCUAAAGGCCUGCCAUUCAUAGGACCUGACCUUUCCCUGGACCGGACCGAACUGAUUCACACCUGUCAUGAGAUAUUUGUUUUGAGAGUGUUUGGUGUUUAGGGAGCUGUUGCUGUAUAUCACAGGUUAGUUGAGUUGCUCUUGAGAAAAAGAACAAAAAAUGUUGUCUUCUUUUCUUCAAACAGUUAUUGCAGGUUUACAACAUGCUUAUCCAGCCAAAGUUUGUAUGUUAGUGUCUCUUUAACUUAAAAUGGACCUUUGCCUUGAGGCUUCAGUUAAUGCCCCGCUAGUGUCAUCGGCAAAUCGCUAAUGAAUACCCAGAAAAGAAAUAUCGUCGAUAUUUAAGAACAGGGAAAUUUCGAAAGUAUUCUUAGAUGAUCCCCACCCUUACUCAGGUUGAGAUGAGACUCAAACAGAAGAGGGCCUGCCGCCAACAUGGGAAGUGGACUGUCAGUGUUGGCAGUGUCGAGGUUAAAAUCUCAUUCGGUUUCAAUUAAUUCAUACAAGCCACUGCUAAACGAUUGCGCACUCUGUCGUUUUGUUUUUGUUUUUGUUUUUAGCAGAUUUUUCUCAGGAUCUUUUUCUCGUUUUGUAGAAAAUCCAAGGGCAGCAUGGUGGCGCAGUGGUUAGUGCGGUUGCCUCACAGCAAGAAGGUCCUGGGUUCGAGCCCUGGGGUAGUCCAACCUUGGUGGUCGUCCCGGGUCAUCCUCUGUGUGGAGUUUGCAUGUUCUCCCCAUGUCUGUGUGGGUUUCCUCCGGGUGCUCUGGUUUCCUCCCACAGUCCAAAAACAUGUAGGUCAGGUGAAUCGGCCAUACUAAAUUGUCCCUGUAUGUGUGUGUGUGUGUUGGCCCUGUGAUGGACUGGCGGCCUGUCCAGGGUGUCUCCCCGCCUGCCACCCAAUGACUGCUGGGAUAGGCUUCAGCAUCCCCGCGAUCCUGAGAGCAGGAUAAGCGGUUUGGAUAAUGGAUGGAUGGAUGGAUGGAUAGCAAAUCCAAUUCCUGGGUGGUUUUAAUUGAAAGUGAAUGAACCCUGACCCCCAACAUGUGGCAGCCCAGAUAAUUCAUACUGCACCUUCAGUCUGCAUUGUUGUUGUGGGAGCAUGUUUUACCUGUUGGUGGCUGCAACGCUGCCCUGCAGAUUCCUAGUUGCUAUAGUCACAGUAAGUGCCAUUCGUUUUGGAGCUUUGUAAAGCAGUUAAUGGAAUCCUUUUGUUUUAUUGGUAAAUAUUGUGCGUGCCAAGGUGUCAUUUUGUUCUGUGCGCGCCGGUGAAAAGUAUAUUUUUGUAAAGCCGCGGUGGUCUUGAUGGUUUCUGAAUGUGUACUCUCUAAGCAGCUUGUGCUAGACAUUCUUCUAACCUAACAAUCUGUAUUUUUUAGUGUGUGUGUAUGUGUGCGUGCAACACUAGUAAUCUGUGCUGUGGGUGUUUCUAUAAGGUUGUGUUCAAAUUCAAUUUGUGACUGGCCGAGUGGUUUCGGUGCAUCUCUGGGCACAUUCAUGUAGUUGUACAAGUGCAUUGAGAAUAUACUGCUUUGCUGCUUAUCGGGUGAUUUUGGGUGUGGAGUUUGUCUACAGAUUCGACUACAAGGAGCCAAAAGUCUGAUCAAUAGACUUUGUGAUAUAAAUUCUUAAUCCUUAACUGGCAAUGGAUUAAUUUUUCUUGAUUGGAUAAACGGUUUUAUACUCAACAGUAGAACAUGUCAUUCUGCUUAAUGGUUGGAAUUGUAUUCUUUCUUCUUUAUUUUUCUUUUUUUGCCUGAAAAGAUUACUGAAACUUAUCAUGUUCUCGGAAGAAUUGAGGAAGACCUAGCCUUUUGCUGGUCUCAAUGACAUCUCUGUCUCCAUAGUUGGCACUGGAUGAAAGUCACAUUAUCUUGGUUGGGUUGCAGCUGAAUUUAAUUUUAAAAAAAAAAUCUUA